AUGGGACCAACCAUCUUAACCCUCAAUUCCCUCCCGCCCCCCCAAGAUCUCCUUAACCCGACCCCAGAAACAUACUCCCAAAUCCUCACUAUCUGGCAAUACUUCGCCGGCUUCACAAUAGUCCUAUGGCUCACCACCUGGUUCCCAAUGGGUAAAACAUCCCUAAAAUCCUCCAUCUUCAAUAUCCCCGGCCGCAUCGCCUGGACCACCAUGGAACUCAUAGCGCCCCUAAACCUCAUCUACGUGAUGAAAGCCCUCGUCGCAAGACUCAGCACGGACCUCACGUCCCUACCGCUCCCGAAUCAGAUCGUAGCCGCGCUGUAUCUCAUCCACUAUGCCAAUCGCGCCGUCAUCUCCCCGCUGUUCGCGGCCCCGAGCAUGUCCCCCAUUCAUGCUCUUAUCGCCGUCAGCGGUCUGGCGUUCAACUGGAUUAAUUCGACUUGUCUUGCUGCGUGGCUGGUGGGGUACCAUGCCCCUGUUACCGGGUAUCGAACGGAUCAGUUUGGUGGUCUGGGUGAUGGUACCAGACCAGCGAUCUCAGAUUAUCUCCCCUACAUAGGAUUCAUCCUCUUUUUCGUCGGGAUGACAGGGAACAUCAUCUCCGAACGAACAUUCUUCCGACUCCGCCGCGAAGAAGCAAACAAACUGCACACUCAGAAGGACCAUUCAAAGAAUCCCGGGAACAAGUACUCCAAAGUCUACGUCAUCCCGCCCGCAAAGGGUCUUUUCCGAUACAUCCUCUACCCGCAUUACGUCUUUGAAUGGCUCGAGUGGACUGGUUUCAUCCUCGUGGGCACGGCGGUGUAUCCUGCGUCUGGUGUGGUUGGGCCUGAGAUGAGACUUGUGUCGUGGUUGCGUCCUGCGGCUGCGUUGGCGGAGAGGUUGCGGGUGCCGUUGCCGUUGCCGGCGGUGGUAUUUGUGGUCAAUGUGGUGACUUCGAUGGUGCCUCAGGCGAGGUUGGGGAAGAGGUGGUAUUUGGGCCGGUUUGGGAAGGAUAAGGUUGCUGGGAGGGGCGCGGUAGUGCCUUUUUUGGGGUGGUUGUAG